AUGGGGAUAGGGCCGAGGCUUCCUCUCUUUGACCUGCAGGCGCCGCCGAAGCUCCCCUUCGGUAUGGAGGAUGUUUAUGCCAAGAGGGUGGAGAAGGUGGACUUCUCUACGCUGCGUCGGCAGAAGAAUGAGGUGAACCUUGCCAUGCAUCAGCAGGAGGUUCCCUUGGUGAAUGUCUUCCUGGAAGGCGUGAAGAGUGACCCCGAGGUUCUGGCGAGGACACAUGCCUCUUCCUAUGCAGAUUGGGCCCAGAAGACAUUCCUUACCCAUGCCUAUGCCUUUGGUGAGAUGUAUGUCAACAUGGCCAAGGUAGAUAAGGAGAUCUAG